GCGCCGCAGACGCGCAGGUGCGUGAGGCUGCGCCCGCCCUGGCCCUGCAGACGCGGGCCCGCCAUGGAGCACAUCCGCACGCCCAAGGUUGAAAAUGUCCGCCUGGUAGAUCGAAUUUCUCCUAAGAAAGCAGCCCUGGGGACUUUGUAUCUGACGGCUACUCAUGUCAUAUUCGUGGAAAAUACACCAGAUACAAGAAAAGAAACAUGGAUUCUUCACAGUCAGAUUUCCACCAUUGAAAAACAGGCAACAACUGCUACUGGCUGCCCUCUGCUCAUCCGUUGCAAGAACUUUCAGAUAAUACAGCUCAUCAUUCCGCAGGAAAGAGAUUGCCACGAUGUGUACAUCUCUCUGAUACGUCUUGCAAGGCCAGUGAAGUAUGAGGAGUUAUACUGCUUUUCCUUCAACCCCAUGCUGGAUAAAGAAGAAAGAGAACAAGGCUGGAUGCUGAUUGAUCUUGGUGAAGAAUACCGGCGGAUGGGCCUCCCUAAUAGUUACUGGCAGCUCAGCGAUGUGAAUAGAGACUACAGAGUCUGUGACUCUUAUCCCACUGAACUGUAUGUUCCCAAAUCGGCCACUGCUCAUAUCAUAGUGGGGAGUUCCAAGUUCCGGAGCAGACGGCGAUUUCCGGCCCUUUCUUACUACUAUAAAGAGAAUCACGCUUCCAUCUGCCGGAGCAGCCAGCCCCUGUCCGGUUUCAGCGCCCGGUGCCUGGAAGACGAGCAGAUGCUGCAGGCCAUCAGGAAGGCCAAUCCAGGAAGCGACUUCAUUUACGUCGUAGACACUCGGCCUAAACUUAAUGCAAUGGCAAAUCGUGCUGCAGGGAAAGGCUAUGAGAAUGAAGACAAUUAUUCCAAUAUCAAGUUUCAAUUUAUCGGGAUAGAGAACAUCCAUGUGAUGAGGAACAGUCUGCAGAAAAUGCUGGAAGUAUGUGAACUGAAGUCUCCCUCCAUGAGUGAUUUCCUGUGGGGUCUGGAGAACUCUGGCUGGUUAAAGCACAUCAAGGCCAUCAUGGAUGCAGGAAUCUUCAUUGCAAAGGCAGUUUCCGAGGAAGGGGCAAGUGUGCUUGUCCACUGCUCUGAUGGCUGGGACCGGACGGCACAGGUGUGCUCGGUGGCCAGCCUCCUGCUGGAUCCGCACUACCGCACCCUGAGGGGCUUCAUGGUAUUAAUUGAAAAAGAUUGGAUUUCCUUCGGUCAUAAGUUUAAUCACAGAUAUGGCAAUCUAGAUGGUGAUCCAAAAGAAAUCUCUCCAAUUAUUGACCAGUUCAUUGAGUGUAUCUGGCAGUUAAUGGAACAAUUUCCCUGUGCCUUUGAGUUCAAUGAGAGGUUUUUGAUUCAUAUUCAACAUCACAUUUAUUCCUGCCAGUUUGGAAACUUCCUAUGUAAUAGUCAAAAGGAGAGACGAGAACUCAAAAUUCAAGGAAGAACAUACUCAUUAUGGGCUCACCUGUGGAAGAAUCGGGCCGACUACUUGAAUCCUCUGUUUAGAGCUGAUCACAGCCAGAUCCAGGGAAGCCUUCUUCUCCACACAACACCAUGCAACUUCAUGUACAAGUUCUGGAGUGGAAUGUAUAACCGCUUUGAAAAGGGCAUGCAGCCCCGACAGUCGGUCACAGAUUACCUUGUGGCAGUGAAGGAGGAGACACAGCAGCUGGAGGAGGAGCUAGAGGCCUUGGAAGAAAGGCUGGAAAAAAUUCAGAAAGUCCAGUUAGAUCACACUCCAGUGAAGAGUAAGCAAAGUGAACCCAGCAGACCUUCAGGGUUUUCUACCUCCGACAAUAGCACAGCGAACACUCCCCAGGAUUACAGCGGGAACAUGAAAUCAUUUCCAUCCAGGAGCCCUUCUCAAGGCGAUGAGGAUUCGGCUCUGAUUCUAACCCAAGACAAUUUGAAAAGCUCAGACCCAGAUCUGUCAGCCAACAGUGACCAAGAGUCCGGGGUGGAGGAUUUGAGCUGUCGGUCUGCAAGUGGUGGUGAGCGCGCUCCGAGUGAGGACAGCAGCAGGGACCGGGAUUCCGACGAGGCUGUGUUCCUCACUGCUUAGCGUUUUCCUUUGGAGUUCCAAAGAAAAGGACACACAAGAAACACUUCCAAAACUAAGGGAACAGUGCAAUUAAAGAAAAAAAACAACAAACCUCAAGAAAUGGUACAUCUGAGAAUUAUAAAAUGCAACUAUAAAAAGGGGGAAAAAAGUCAUACUUUCUUUAGAUGUGGAAGACGAGGAUGUAGCCCUUUCUUUUAUCAAAUAUAAAGAAAAUUAUCCACCAUUUUGAAACUCACUCUAGACUAUGAAACUUGUUACUGCAGAGUGGUCCCUUCUGUCAUUACCUGAAGUUCUCAGUGUAAACCCUCCUUGUCAGAGCAGGUGUCACCUCAAAGAGCUCCUAGCCCUCUCCCUCACACCUGUUAUUAUUUUCAAUCUGUCCUUUUAUUUCACUUCCACAAUCAUAUUUUGUGUUUUCUAAAACAUUUGACAUUACCUUUCUUUCUGACUCUCUUAUCAGUAUUUCUAGAAACAGGGCACAUUAUUGAGAUGCAUUUUGAGGGGGUUAAUAGAUUCCUAAGGAGCUUUGAGAAGCUUUGUAAUUGCUUAUCUCACAGGAAUAAUAUUCACUUUUCCUUAGAUAAUAUAUUUUUAAUAAUAAUAAUAUUGCUGCCUUUUUCCCCCUCGUUUAAAAAAUACUAAAAUUCACAUUUUUUUCUAACAUUGGUCUAAUACCUAACGAAACAGAAGCAACAUUCAUUCUCUGAGUUUUACAUAUGAAUUCAAAUCAUUAUAGCUUUCUUAAUAACAACUCCUUUAUUACUGUUGAGAGACUUCAACAGUAUGAGCCCCCCACCAGCUGGAUCCUGAAAGUGUAACCCUGUAAAGUUAGUAGGGUAAAACAUCAGUGAGGGGAAACCCCAGUUAAGAGCUCAAAAAUUUGACUGUCAUGUCUAUUUAAUGAGGGGAGUAAGUUUUGUCACCUAUCGUUUUAGAAAUUAUGUAACUGGUUAAUGUGAUUUAAUGAACGUUAGUUACCCUGAUGACCACUGACUGCUGAAAGUUAGUUUUGAAAAGAGUUUUUGUUAAGAUGCAUUGCCAUGUCUGGGCAGAGAUAAAUAACAGUCAUAGUGUUUGGUUUUUAAAUAUUAGUACACCCUAGUUUAAAGGGAUUAAUUUAAACUUAAUUUUUAUAGUUUGCAUCAAUAUUUUGAAUAUGUGAAAAUUUUCAAGGAGAAUGUACUAAAUUUUGCUGAAAUGAGAACAAGAAAAAGGGCAAGAAAGUGACACUGCUAAAAUCUCUAGUAUAAAAGAUUUGAAGGGAGUGUCGCAAUAUAGAUAAAUGAAAUAAUAUAGUGUAUGUUAUCAUAUUUAAAAAUAGAAUAGCUAUAAUAUAUAAGAAACCUGUAAUAUAAAAGUACUCUGUUAAUGUAAAAGACAAAGCAAGUGUAAUUCUUUUAGAGUAUAAAUUUUAAGCAUUCUCUGUUGAACAGUUCCCAAAGUAAGUAGUACAGGAAUGUUUAUUCGUUCUCUAAAAUACACUGUAUGUAACAAGAAAUACCUUGCUAAUGGUAAACACUUAGGGUAGAGUGGUAAUGGCUUUCUCAUUUUAUAACAUGAGUCACUACAAGCCAUUCUUAUACUUAUUCACU